CCAGCUGCAUUAACUAACUUCCCAUCCCAAACUAAAGGCCAGAGCGAUUAUUAGAUGUAAAAAAGAUGAUUAAUUGUUCUCAGUCAUCAGCUCCGUUUAAAAUGUAGUAAGCAGAGGUUUUGGUACAGAAUACCACACAUAGCUGCAGCACACAGAACUCUUCAGUCGUGUCUGGUCCACGUAACGCUGAGAUGUCUGUGAAGAGCUCAUCACUUCUCAUUCUCCUCCUGGCCACCAUGCUGGCCACUGCAGAUGCCCUGCAGUGUUACGUCUGUGGUGAUGCACAGUGUUCCACUACAUCACGAAUGACCUGUCCUCUUCUUAUGGAUAGUUGUCUUAAAACAGUUCACAAGACAGGUGCCGUACUGAAGUCUUGUGGCCUGAAAGCUGCUUGUGACGUUCCAGUACCUGAUCCAAAAACCUACUGCUGUGAGGGGGAUCUGUGCAACAGCGCUGGGCCUGUUGGCAAGAACCUGCUGCUCCUGCUGGUGCCCCUGGCCUCCAUCUUUGUGCUGUCCUGAGCUGACACCUGCUCCAUCCUCCUGUCUGUCUCUGUGCAGCAGGCUUAGACUGUGCUAACUGUCUGAUGUCUAUACAAUGUGUUUGCAAUGCACAUG